AUGUCAGAUCCGGCUUGCAAGCCUGCAUUGAUCGUCGUCGACCUCCAGGAGGACUUCUGCCCCCCAAAUGGCUCUCUUGCGGUCGAAGAGGGCCGCGAUGUCGCCAGCGUAGUCAACGACCUGCUGUCCGUCCCGUCCUUUGUGAUCCGUGUCGCUACCAAGGACUGGCACCCGGCAGAUCACAUCUCUUUCGCUAGCAACCACGCCGGCAAGCAGCCGUUCGUCGAUACAGUCACAGUGGUCAAUCCGCACAACGCAAACGAGACGUACGAGACACGGCUCUGGCCCGUCCACUGCGUCCAGGGCUCACCGGGAGCCGCCUUGAUCCCGGAGCUGCACAUUGACAAGGUCGACCGCAUCAUCGAGAAGGGCCAACGAAAAGAGGUGGAAAUGUAUAGUGCCUUCUACGACCCGCUCACCCAACCAAGAGUCAGUGAUAGCGGGUUGUCGGGUGUUUUGAAGGAGCACGGCGUCACGGACGUCUACGUGGUGGGCCUCGCCGCGGACUACUGCGUCCAGAGCACGGCGCUCGAUGCAGUCAAGGAGGGGUUCAAGACGUACAUCGUGGAAGAAGGCACGCGGCCAGUCGACGGGAAGGCUUGGGCUGACGGCAAACAGGACCUACAGAACAUGGGCGUCCGUCUGGUCAGCCUCAGCGGGCCAGAAGUUGAGCGACUGAGGUGA